UGUACCGUUGGAGCGGACAUGUAACGACCUGUAGCAAGUGUUACGUGCUAGUUACCGGCAGUAUAAGUUGCGAAUAAGCUUAUCUGAGCGCGACUUAUAAGCUCUUCAUUUGAACCAGAUCAUCGGUCAGCACGUAAUUGCGGUUAUCUCGGCGUGUUACCGUUAUCCGCUCGUGCGCUUCGUUUUUGGCGCCAUGCUGCCCACGGGCAGUUUCACGGCGGACCGUUCGCGGCGGGGGGGGGCCGGCGAGCGCGGCCACAGAAGACAGCAAGGCCUUCACGAGCAGCAGUUCGCCGAGAGGCCUUCGCACUACUACUACUACGACGACGGCUGCUACUAUCCUCAACCCUGGGAGAUGCCGGAGUCCGGGACUCACGAUCUGACGCACGACGGCCGGGCCAGCGCCGCUGCGGCCGGCCAGGAGAGAGCGGGCGGAUCGCACGGUUCGUCCUCCAGGUCGUCUUCGUCGGCCUCCUGCGCCGCCGACGUCGCGUCGUCCACCAGGAAUUUCGGCUCGGUCCCGCUCAGGGAGAGACGUCUCCUGGCGCUCCUGGACCGAACGGGCUACCCCAUGAUCCAGGACAACGGGCAGCGGCACUACGGACCACCGGUCUUCUGGCAGGGCGAGCCACCUCCGAAGGGCUGCGAGGUGUUCAUCGGCAAGCUGCCCCGGGACUUGUACGAGGACGAGCUGGUUCCUUUCCUGGAGCAAGCCGGCCGGCUGUACGAGGUGCGGCUCAUGAUGGACUUCGCCGGCUCGAACCGGGGCUACGCGUUCGCCACGUACUCCUCGCGGCGCGAGGCCCGGCGCGCCGUGCGCGACCUCAACGAGCGGGAGAUCCGGCGGGGCCGCCGGGUGGGCGUGUGCGAGUCGCUGGACAACUGCCGCCUCUUUGUGGGCGGCAUACCGCGCGACAAGAACCGCGAGGACGUCCUGGAGGAGAUGAUGCGCGUCACCGAGGGCGUGGUGGACGUCAUCCUCUACCCGAACGUGUCGGACAAGACGCGCAACCGCGGGUUCGCCUUCGUCGAGUACGCGGACCACAAGGCGGCCGCUGUGGCCCGCCGUCGCAUGAUCCCGGGCAAGAUGACCCUGUGGGGGGGCUACGAGGUGGCCGUCGACUGGGCCGAUCCCGAGCCCAUAGUGGACGAGGAGACCAUGAGAAAGGUCAUGGUGUUGUAUGUUCGCAACCUCAUGUUGAGCACCUCCGAGGACGUGAUCCAUGAAGCCUUUUCCCUUGAGGGCCAGGUCGAAGUUAUCAAGGUCAAAAAGAUUCGAGACUUCGCGUUCGUCCAUUACUCAAGCAGAGAAGAUGCAAAGCUGGCACUGGAAGCCAUGAAAGGUGCCGUGAUUGAAGGCUCUCCGAUUGAAGUCGCAUGGUCCAAACCGGUGAACCAAGGGAGGCGUUACGAUCGCCUGGCUGGUUCUACAACGAAUGGCAAAGUAACCUAUCGUGGCGGCAGCGGCAGCCUUUGCGGAGCCCCCGUGAUGAUGCCCUCGCCCAUGACAGCUGUCGGUUACGGGUUCUACCCACUGGCCGCGCACCAUGUGUCACCGCCUGUUGGAUCUGGCAGACCUGGCGGUGAGGGCUUCGUGCACGGCUAUAACGGAGGGGCUGUCCUGCCUCGUCCAGGCAAUCCCAGAUUGACGCCACGCUGCCAACGAACGAUUCAGAUUCUCAUGGACGUGUGUGAAAGGCAAGGAUGGGGUGAGCCUCAGUUCCAGCUUACCACAGUGAUGAGCUCUGAGUGCAGCUCUCCGGGCAGCAGUGAAACGCAGACACCACUUCACUUCUUCAAGGUGACUCUGCCAAACAUCCCGCCACCGAUGUACAAUACCAUCACGCCAAACAAAUUCUGUCGCACUGUCGAAGAAGCCCGGGAGUAUGCUGCAGACUAUGCCCUCCACCAUCUGCUGCAGAGACUUGAGAUGGCUACUCCUGCCCAGUACCCGCACCUGACGAGCCCAGUGUUCGUGGCUACCACGGCAGCUGCAGCCCUGGGCCAAGGCUACCCUCCAUACACUGCCGUACAACCCAGAGCAGGUAGUCCUAAUACGACUGGACAACCUCGGCAGCAGCAGUACCCCGACAACCCUCCUCCGCCUCCGCCGCUGUAGCUUGGCUGUGCGCUUUGCUGCCCUGUGCUUCUUCGUGAACACAACUGCGCGGCCCGUCUACAUUCCUGCCUAUUACAGCACGACAUAUUGAUGUGCCUUGCACCUUCAUGACUGGCUUCAUCAGGAUCUCAAGUUUCUCGUGUUGCCCUCCAUUCCUUUAUGGGCACCAGAGGGACGUGGCCAUCUAGCCAUGCUUUUGGUUUAGCCAUCGAAACUCGUAUACAGGGUGUCUCGGGGGAGAUUUUUCAUGGGUUACUAAACAUAAUGCAGCGCAGAAUAGCAGAAAAGUCUUAAACUAACUCCUUAAUGAAGAACUUUGGGGGGGGGGGGGGGUUGUCAGUUCAAAAUUGCACAUCAGCCAGUAUAUAAAAUGAGUUAUUUCAGACAAUCCCUACGACCAAUGUCGAGUUAGAGAAAUGUGUGCUCAAAAUAUGCAGCAAAAUUUUGUUGCUGUACCCACUUGGAAGUUUUUCUUUGGCUGUGUCCAUUGCAAUGUGAACAGUGUGUAAUAAAAAAUGUGAAGAAAUGUUUAAAUGACGUUACGGUGCACUUUGGACACACAUUUCUCAACCCGGGUGUUAAAUGGAGGAUUUGUAUCAAGUGGGUGUGCUUUGCAUACUAGUUGACCUAAUUUUGUAACUACAAAGUACAACCUGGAGUUGCUAAGUAAAGCUAAUAGUGAAAAUUAAUGUACUCAUUAGUGAUUAUCACAUAGACUGUAGGACAUCUGCCACCGUGAAUGUUGUGUGGCCUUCUCUUAAUCUGUUCUGCUCUGUGUUUAGUAAUUGGUUGUCUUCCCUUAAAAUCUUGCCAUGCUGUAUACCUUAUCGAUGUACCUUUGUUUUAUUAUGUUUUAUCUUCAUUGUAUCUUUUAUGUGUGGAAGUGUACUAGUGGCCACAUGGUCAGCAAGUGGUGGCGUUAAAGACUAUUGAUUAGGUAUUUUAUGUGUUUGUGCAUUCCAUCUGUGUAUUGUAGUAGUACAGCCAAGUAGCUGUGCCCACGUUUUUCCCAAAGAAAAUCCUUUAUUCUUUUAUACCCUUAUUUAUGUCUUUUAUGUGCACGGGAGGUCUUGCCAAUACUUUUAGCUCAUUCAUCUUGGACAUUUUCAGUCUGUCUAGAAGUACUUCUGCAUUCCCUGGAUUGUGUUGUGUGUAUUUGUAUUGGAAACUUUUAGUGCCGACAUUGAAAGAUGAACUGCACCGACCUUAAUAUUGAUUACUAUAUUGUUGGUCGCGAUCAGCCAAGGUUUCCAGGCUAGUGCCUAUUGCUUGCCGGAAAUAUUGCGAUAUCGUGCGCGUGUGAAUGCCAGAUCGGUAUUUACGUAAACUUAGCGAGGCACAGAAAAUUUAGAAUCUGUAAAAUUAAAAUUUGUUCUGUGCCUUUUUAAAUAAAAAUUUGUGUUCCAAAUUUUUUUAGAGUAGCAGUAUGAUGGCGAAUAAUUUCUUAAAGAACAUUUCAGAAGGUUGUAGAAACAGUGCGAGCGAAAUCAGAUUAGGUUUUUAAACACCAAUGUAUUUUCGGGAUAGUAAUGUUUGAUGUUUUUAGCUGUGCAUGUUGUUGCUCACCAACGUGUUCAAAAAGGAAGGGCAUUUUUUAGACACUCGCCUCACACAGACAAGCAAAUCGGAUGUAGAAAUGAGUUCUCGUAUAUGUUGGGAAUCAUUAUUUGACUAUAAUCGCCAGAGUUGGAAUAUUUUAAGGGGUGCGGGGAAACAUCAGUGUCAUGCGGAAAAUGCGCAGUGGUGCAGCCUUCAUCUUUCGAUCCACUCCAUAUUUUGAUGCCCAGUUCUAUGAAAAGCUUAGUCCCCAGUUUCUCUCGAAAGUAAAAAAAAAUUUUAAAAAUGAAGUGUACAAAGUACCACAAUCGCCAGCCGAUGCGAACGCAAAUGGUGCUAUUCCUGCCCCCCGCCCAAAUGUUUUACAGAUCUAAUGACUGGGCACCUGCCGUUCAUUUCGACUGUAAUUUUAACUAUCUUAUGUGACUUGCGAGACCCCUCUGUGCUGUGUUACAAGCUCAUAAAAGCACAAACUAGUUAAUAGUAUUGUGAAGCGCACGUACAUUUGUUCCUGGUGCAGGAUACUGGUGUCCUGCACUUCUUUAUUUAUUCUCUUCUGUGCAAUGCUGCAGCUCAGUGGCUUGAGUUAAGGAAGAAACUACAGCUCGUGCCAAGCCUGUAUGUUUUUCUAUUUGUAGUUGUGGUCACCUGGUGCUGCAGUACUGCUACUUAUUUACUUUUGUGUUUAGUGUUCUAUUAUCAUAUGCGGUUUCAAGUUUAUUAUGCUUUGCUAAGCUUAUUUUAUUACAUCCCUCCUUUUCUUGCAUUCCACUUUUUCAGCUUUGCCAAAUAAAUGUGCUAACUUCGGGUUUGCUUGGGUGAGUCCAUCUAGUCACGCGGUAGUAGAGGCUGUUUCGUCAUAGCUUAAAUGAGAGUGCUACAUUACAUUCUCUCAUUACAUUACAUUACAGUAAUUCAUCUGCGCUGCUUAUUUGAAUUGUUUUCGUUUCAUUUACGUGCGCCUGGGUGCAUGCAACCUUUCUUUCUCUAUUCAUCUCAAAUCAGUUCUGAAAUACGGGACCAACUGCAUUCAAGAUUUUAUCGAAUGACUUGACACAUUCAUUUAUGUUUUAUCUUACACUCUUGGAAGUCGCUGAGGAAUGUGCUUUCUUUUACGAUGUUUGUGGCUGCGAACUUGACAAGUGUCACAUUUGUCGGGCUGUCAGCCAUUAGAGAUGCUUUAUGCGAGAGCCUAAUUUUUCUUGUGGAAAUUUGAUGGAAAGUUAGUCUCUGCUACUAAAAGUCUGUCAGAUGUUUGCCAACUAGUGGGAAUGUAAGUAAAUGUACAAGUUGGUGGAAGUAUUUCUGGUUAUACUUUGCAGCUCUUUCAAGCAAUCCUUUAGGUUGCUGCAUUGCAUCAUAAAGUUAUUACGUGCCUGACACAUGCUUGAUGUGCUGGCUUAGUGAAUUGUCUUUCUUGUUUUUAUGUUUUUUUUAUUCCUGCAGGGCUGACAUUUGCAAGCAAGAUAGCUUGUAGACGCCAUUAAAGCAUCGUUUGUCAUUACUAAAAUUACUUUAGUGAAAUGUUCCAACAGGAUCUCUUGGGCACUUUUAACAGUUUCGAUUUCGAACUUCAGUAUUUUUUGGGCUGAUCAUCUCGCACGAUGCAGAACCAUAAGUUUUUGACGCAUUUGCUUGGCCAAACGAUUUUGAAAAUAAGCUUUUUGUCACAUUGAGUUAUUGAAAUCUGUUACGAUCUGCAUCUGCCCUGCCUUAAGUCUGUCACUAAAGACAUGACAUGUGCCUUUGAUUCUGAUGCUUUUGAUGUAGAAAUUCUGAUUUCGAUGCUCUUGUGAUAAAAAUUCUGAGCCAAUGGAAACAUUGUAAUUUGGCUGGAUUAUUUAGUGUAUACUGCCACAUGCUGAGAUUGAAGUGCAAUUUAGGUGGGACACUUGUGUCCCAUGCAGUGAAAUUUAUAGAAUGUGUUUUCAGUUACAUCACAACACGUACGAGAUAUGUUAAAAAAGCCAAAAUUUUGUUCCUAUGUAUGUACGAUGUGAAUGCUCAUGCUCAUUGGUUUUUAUUAUUUAUGCUGUAAAAGAGCAAGAGCAUCACCAUAUAAAAUGUUGUGUACGUACGUUGGUCCUGCUUGGCGUGGCACGAGUGCAAUUUGCCACGGAGUUUUUGUCACAGGGUUUGUAUUCUGAUGUGUUAUUUAUGGUUUUUGCGUUCUUCUUUAAAUGUUAAAUAAAGUUGCGUUUGAGUU